AUGUCUCGCCAUUCUGUCCAGCCUCAGCGGCCACUGUCCCUUACGGAGGAGCUUGAGAAAUUGGAGCAGUCCAUUACCCUGACCCUUCAAGAGAUCGAUCACAACUUUAGUCAAGCCCACCGUAUUGUGACCACGAGUAUCCUGCCUCUGGUUGAGCAGUACACGGAGCAUUCCCGCGAUGUCUGGGAAGGUACAAAGUUCUGGAAACAAUUUUUCGAAGCUAGCGCCAACGUGUCUCUAUCUGGGUACGAAGAACAGCCCCAGGGCGAUGACACGGUGCAAGAGCCCACUGCAACGGAAGAGGAGCUUUCUGCCGACAUGACCCAGAGCACGAGCGUUGACGAAACCGACCAAUCCUACGAUACCCCCUCCUCGCGACGCCACGAUGCCCAUCACGGUCAUAGAGACGAUAUCGACCUCACUGAGCUCACGAUCUCCUCGCACAGCACUCCUCGCGCACCAGCCCAACCUACCGGCGAUGACAUGACCAUUUCUUCUAUUGAGCAUUCCUCCUCGUACGAGAACCUGAGAAAGCAGAUCAACGAGGCAAGGUCGCCUUUCGACAUGCCCGACUCGUCGACUCUCCCGUCCACACCAGGACGUCAGCCCUUCUUCCCCCCCGAUGCCUCGGUAACCCCGAUGUCAUCCCCGUUCAUCCCGCCUGCCUCCUCGGCGAAGUACGCGUCUGUGUCACGAGGUGAUGCCCAGUACCAAAAACCGUCCGAUCCCGUGCUCCAUCGCGUUCUCGACAAAACCUAUCGGGUUCAGGCAACUCCCCUCGGCAAAGGAUACCGCAACGUCGGCGAGGGCCCCAGCACACGUUCAAAAUUCGCGGUCACACCCAAGGCUGCUGCUUCUAGUUCUCGUUACGCAUUUGAUGACUCUCCGAUCUCCAGUCCCGAACCAGAAGCACCGCAGCUACACUCGGAGAUUUUCUCAUCGCCCAUCAAGGGCGUAACCGCAACUCCUGGGACGAAUCGCAAGCGUCGCACCAGCAGCAACCGCAUUCGUGGCACACCCAAGCCAGGAAUGAGUGUGUUGACACCUGCCAAAAAAUAUGGCGGCCAUCAACCUGUAUGGGAUAGCGAUGACGAUUUAGAUGACGAGGACUUUGGGCCGAGCCCGCCGAAAACAAUGCAAUUCCAUAUUCCGCAGAGUCGGCUAAUGAAGACGCCUGCCAAGGAAGCCUCAAAGCGCAUCGUCACUGACCUGCUGGCCACUGCAGGCGCAGGCGACAUUACGGAUGAGAUUGACGAUGACCAGAGCCCAAGUGUCAUCAGACGAACAGAACGUCUCGAAGAUGAUACAUUUUAG